AGUGUGAGAUAUAAUUGAUUAUAUAUAUGUAUGUAUAAUUUAGUAACUAAGUAACUUGCUACAAUUUUUUAUAACUAGUUAUAAGUUAUGAAAUAAUUAAUUUUGUAAUUUCGUUGUAUUUCUUUAUAUUAUAGGGGUUCGGCAUAAUUUUGUGUGUAGCGUAUUUGGGCUUGCAAUUAUAGACAUGGCGAACUCAGAAUCAGGAUCUGAUUCGGGAGCAGAAAAUGAGUGUCCAACCACAAUACCUACACGAGGGCCGACGCAAAUGAAUGAAAUAUCCAAACUAAUGGAUCAGGGCAAAAGAGUGGCCCUCGAAGUUAAUGAUAAAGGUCAAUACUGUGGAAAAAGCUACGCGAAGCUCGUAUCCACUCUGGGAGUCAGAUGUCGGCAGACAAUAGGGUUGGCUUAUAAAAACUGGAAAGAAGUCAACCAGACUCUGAAAAAUAAAGUUUGGAAAGACAUUCAGACGGGGUUCAUUGUGCCGGACACCUUCAAACAUGAUUGUCUCAUCCUAGCUGGGAAGUUAAUGAAAGACUUCAAGAAUAGGAUGACAAAAGACAUCAUAAUGCCCGCGUUGAAAGAGAAUGAUCUGGGACGACUGGCACAAGUCCCUGAAAAGCACCCCGAGAUCGACGCUGCUGAUUGGUGCAAAUUUGUUGAAAGUCGACUAACUCCUGAAUUUCUGGAAUUGAGUAAGGUGCAACGUGAACGUUCCUCAAAAAUUCAAUCCAGACAUCGAAGUGGUCGGAGUGGAAUGGUGAACGUACGGGAAGCUGUGAAAAAGGACCUCGAAGUUGCAGAUCCUCCCCGCCACCGUGUUUGGAUUAAAUCUCGCACCAAGAGUAGAAAACUUGUCACUGAUUACGACAAGGAAAUUGCCGAGAAGAUAGUAAGUAUAUAUUAAUCCUUAAUUGAGUUCUACUCAUGAGUUAGUGUAUAUAAUUCAUAUACUAAUUGCUUGAAUAUAUGCGUGCAUUAGGCUCAAUUAGAGGAGAAGCUUAGUCAGGGACAAAUUCAGGUCCAGGGC